AAAAGCUGCGCGCGUCUCUUGACGUCGUGGUCCUGCCGACCUUCUUCUCUUCUGAAGAAACCCUAGAUUUCUCAUCGACGGUGCCGUCCUUCUAGGUUUUUCCUCUCCGGAGACCCCGAUUAGUAUUUGUUUGUUUUGGAGGAUAACAUAGCUUGGAUAUCAGGAAGGACUAAUGGAGCAAAAUGGGGAAGUUGGCCUUGAAACACCACUCUUGCAAGACUCUGGAAGUGCAUCACUUAAUCAUUCACAAGAUGGUUGGAAAAUUAAACAGAACACAAGGAAGCUCAUUUUCAAGAUUCAGGGCAUUGAGUGUGCAUCUUGUGCUGUGUCAAUAGAGUCUAUGGUGGGAAGCAUGGAUGGGAUUGAUAAUAUUGCUGUGUCACCCCUUCAAGGCCAGGCUGUAAUCAUUUACAAACCUGAAAUUACAAAUGCAAGAUCAAUCAAAGAAGCCAUUGAGGAUAUGGGUUACCAAGUUGAUCAAUUCCCAGAACAAGUAAUAGAAGUCUGUCGUCUUCGAAUUAAGGGAAUGGCAUGCACCAGCUGUUCAGAAUCUGUGGAGCGAGCACUUCUUAUGGCUAAUGGAGUAAAAAAGGCUGUUGUUGGCCUUGCUCUUGAAGAAGCAAAGAUCCAUUUUGAUCCUAACUUAACUGAUGCCAAUCACUUGAUAGAGGCUGUUGAGGAUGCUGGGUUUGAAGCUGAUCUGAUUAGCUCUGGGGAUGAUGUGAAUAAAGUGCAUUUAAGAAUUGAAGGUCUUCAAUCUUCAGAAGAUGCAAUCCUUAUUCAGUCAUCUCUUAAGGCACUUGAAGGUGUGAAUCAUGUUCAAAUGGAUGAGGAAGGUCAGAAAAUUACAAUUUCUUAUGACCCUGAUUUCACUGGUCCAAGAUCGCUUCUUCGGUGCAUUCAAGAAGCAGCACGCAACCCAAAUCAAUACCAUGUUAGCUUGUAUACCCCUUCUCGGCAAAGGGAAACAGAAAGGCAGCAUGAAAUUAAGGGUUAUAGGAACCAAUUUCUAUGGAGUUGCUUAUUCUCAUUUCCUGUUUUUAUCUUCUCCAUGGUGCUUCCUAUGAUUCCUUCUUAUGGGGAUUGGUUAGAUGGCAAAGUAUACAACAAUCUGACUAUUGGACUGUUACUGAGGUGGACUUUCUGCACACCAGUACAGUUCAUUAUUGGGUGGAGGUUUUAUAUUGGAACUUAUCAUGCUCUUCGGCAAGUUUCAGCUAAUAUGGAUGUUCUUGUUGCUAUGGGGACAAAUGCUGCAUAUUUUUACUCUGUAUAUGUUGCGAUAAAAGCAUUUACCUCAAGUUCAUUUGAGGGACAAGAUUUCUUUGAAACAAGUGCUAUGUUGAUAUCUUUUAUUCUUCUUGGAAAAUAUUUGGAGGUUGUGGCAAAAGGGAAGACGUCAGAUGCUUUGGCAAAGUUGACAGAGCUGGCUCCCGAUACAGCUGUUUUGCUAAAUUUUGAUGCAGAUGGCAAAGUUAUAUCAGAAAUGGAAAUAAGCACUCAGUUGCUUCAAAGAAAUGAUGUGAUAAAGAUUGUCCCAGGUGCAAAAGUACCAACUGAUGGGAUUGUUGUAGAGGGUCAGAGUCGUGUCAAUGAGAGCAUGAUCACAGGAGAAGCAAGGGCUAUUUCUAAGAAACCAGGGGACAAGGUUAUUGGUGGAACAGUCAAUGAAUAUGGAUGCAUAUUAGUCAAGGCUACUCAUGUGGGGUCUGAUACUGCUCUGUCUCAGAUAGUUCAGCUAGUCGAAGCCGCUCAACUUUCAAGGGCACCCGUUCAAAGAUUGGCAGAUAAAAUAUCCAGAAUUUUUGUUCCAACUGUUGUGGUAGCGGCGUUUCUUACAUGGCUUGGUUGGUUCAUAACAGGAGAAGUGCACCUUUACCCACGUAGUUGGAUCCCUAAAGACAUGGAUGGGUUUGAGCUUGCACUACAGUUUGGGAUAUCAGUACUUGUCGUUGCCUGCCCAUGUGCUCUAGGUUUAGCCACCCCUACUGCUGUCAUGGUUGCCACUGGGAAAGGAGCUUCUCAAGGGGUCCUUAUCAAGGGUGGAAAUGCCCUUGAAAAUGCGCACAAGGUAAAAGCUGUUAUCUUCGAUAAAACUGGAACACUGACAGUUGGAAAACCUGCUGUAGUUAACACAAUGGUUUUCUCGAAUACACCACUACUGGAAUUGUGUGACUUGGCUGCUGCUGCAGAGGCUAACAGUGAGCACCCCUUUGCUAAGGCUAUUGUGGAAUAUACGAAGAAACUCCAUGAGCAGUAUGGGAUUCACACUAAUCACAUAGUAGAGUCCAGGGAUUUUGAAGUGCACCCUGGUGCUGGAGUUAGCGCAAAGGUAGGAGAUAGAACAGUGCUAGUUGGGAACAAGAGGCUUAUGCUUGCUUUUCAAGUUCCGGUAUCACCUGAGGUUCAGGCAUAUGUAUCAGACACAGAACAUUUAGCAAGGACUUGUGUGCUGGUUGCUGUUGAUGGUGUACUCUGUGGAGCUUUUGCUGUGUCUGAUCCUUUGAAGCCAGAGGCGGGGCGCGUUGUCUCAUUUCUAAAUUCCAUGAGCAUCUUAAGUAUCAUGGUAACUGGAGACAAUCAGGCCACUGCCACUGCAAUUGCAAAUGAGGUUGGAAUAAGUAGAGUGUAUGCGGAGACUGACCCAGUGGGAAAAGCUGACAGAAUUAAAGAGUUACAGAUGAAAGGAUUGACUGUGGCAAUGGUUGGAGAUGGAAUUAAUGAUUCACCAGCCUUAGCCGCUGCAGAUGUUGGGAUGGCGAUUGGUGCCGGGACCAACAUUGCCAUUGAAGCAGCUGAUGUGGUCUUAAUGAAGAGCAACCUGGAAGAUGUUGUCACAGCUAUUGAUCUAUCAAAGAAGACACUGUCUAGGAUUAGGCUCAACUAUGUCUGGGCUUUGGGAUAUAAUAUUUUAGGCAUGCCAGUUGCUGCUGGGGUUCUGUUCCCUUUCACUAGAAUCCGGCUCCCGCCUUGGCUUGCCGGAGCAUGCAUGGCAGCGUCAUCUCUCAGUGUGGUAUGUUCCUCUCUCCUGCUUCAGUCUUACAAAAAACCAUUGCAAGUUGAACAUUCUGAGAAACCAGAAGACUCAUCAAACAAGGUAUGAGCCAUCAUCCUUGUUAUUUCUUUUCCUACCAAAAUGGAUUGUGACCUAACUAUUGCCAUCCAUUUCUGUGACAUGUUUCAAUAAUAGAUGAGCUAAUCAGCUCAUCUUUCUCUACAUUGUUGCAUUAACCACAUGAACUCGUUUUCCCACCCAUUUGUAUGUGAUUUGUUAGAUGGUGCAGACUUAGUUAAACUUAAACAACUUGGAUGACACUUGAAUUUUAUUGAUAUAUGUGACAAGCAUAAGCAUUGUAUGUA